AGUAAACAGAGAUCAGCUGAUUGAAGGUAGCAAGAUGUUCGGACUGAGGCACGGACUGCGACCAUUUUCGUCUGUGAUUUCAAGACAAAGACAGAGAUGUUUUUCACAAUCUGGAGGAGGUCAGCCACAGCUGCUAGUGUCAGAAGAAAAUGGAGUUCGUCAGAUUACACUUGCCAACCCUAAGACAAGAAAUGCCCUUUCAUUACAAAUGCUGGAAGAGCUGCAUUCUGCUGUGGUGAAAGAGACCCCCAGUUUACGGUGCAUUGUGGUCGGUGCUCAAGGCAAGGUCUUUUCUGCUGGACAUAACUUGAAGGAGCUGACUUCCAAAGAAGGUCGAGAUUACCACCAACAUGUGUUUGAGAAAUGUACAGAACUUAUGCUGGCUCUGCAAAAUAUUCCAACUCCUGUUAUUGCCAAAGUUAAUGGCAUAGCAACUGCAGCAGGUUGCCAGUUUGUUGCAUCAUGUGACAUUGUUAUUGCUACAGACAAAUCUUCAUUUUCAACUCCAGGAGGAAAUGUUGGUAUUUUCUGCUCAACUCCCGGUAUACCUCUUGUGAGAUGUGUACCAAGGAAGGUGUCUGCCCAUAUGUUGCUGACAGGUCUGCCACUAACAGCAGAGGAAGCUCUAAGGGCAGGAUUAGUCUCCAAGAUUGUUCCUGAGGAAGAAUUAGAUUCCGAAGUGCAAAAAACAGUAGAUGCUAUAACUCACAAAAGUAAAGCUGUAAUUGCACUAGGAAAAAAAUUCAUGUAUAAGCAGAUGGAAAUGGGAAUAGAAGAAGCCUAUAGGGAAGGAGCAUGUGUAAUGGUAAACAAUAUCAACAUGAAGGAUGGGCAAGAAGGUAUCACUAGUUUUGUGGAAAAGAGAAAACCAAUUUGGUCUCAUACAGAUGAAUAAAAAUAUUUUGUUGGUAAACAGAAUAUUUUGCAGCUCUCUUCUCAGGUGUUGCAUCACUUUUGUGCUCUUUUAAAAAUGAGAUUAAUGAAAGCAUUGUUUUAACUUUAUCAUUUAGAUUUAUAGUUCAAAUAUAGCUAUAUUUAUACUUUGAAAAGUGUAACAUUUCUGCAUUUACUGUAAUUUUACAAAAAGUAGAGCAAUAAAUUUUCUGUGGUUUGUUAUAUUGUUAAAGAAUAAUAAAUAUUUUACAUUAGC